GUCAAUGUUAACAGGCAUAAAAUCAUAUUCUUCACAUGAGUAUACAACCCAAAGACAUAGCGUGCAUUCAGAUCUGUUGCGACAAUCGCAAUAUUCGCAAUGAAAAUAAUUCCUCUUGACUGUUUAAAAAUUUAAUCUUAUGAGAGACGUAUUUCGUCACAGAGUGAAAUAUUUCAACAAAUUAAUUUUAAAACGUGUAGAUCUAUUUAAUCUCAAAAAUAGUUCAACAUAUACGAAAAAAAGAAAAGAAAAAGAAAAAGAAAAAGAAAAAUGGCUUUCGUUGGGGGAUUAAAGACGCUUGUCGUUCUUUUGCUACUUCCGAAAGUCGGGAAAUUGUAUGAAUUAUUGUUUAUCAGCGACGAAAGUGUUCCUUUAAUCAUUGACAUUUGUAAAUCAUACAAAACUAAAUCGAUAAUAUUCUUAUAUGGGGAAUCGAUAAAAGAAAUGGAAAUGACAAUGAUGAUAUUCAAAUGGACGCGUGCACUUUCUCGUGAAGGUUUUACGACCUCGAAUUUGUACUUUUCUCAAUUGCACGAAUCAUCGUACUACGUAAAACGAAUCGUUCGACCGCAUUACAUCGCAGUUAUAUCUAAUUACGACGCUAUCAAUGAGUUCUCCUUAGCGACCAAUACAUUCGAUAUGACUUUUGCUGCCUGGCUAGUAUUAUUUAUUUACAAGGGACGCGGUUUCGAUUAUUGUUAUAAUCCACCAGGUAACAUAUUUCAUUUGAAAUUCAAUACGGAAAUGUUGGUCCGUUGCGGUACGGAAAAUAUUUUACGUGAGUGGUAUUCGAUCUAUAAAAAUCGAACCGAGAUCAAUGAUUUUGCAACUUGGAAUUUAGAGAAAGGAAUCAUUAAAGUGGUUCCGAAAUCUCUUUACGACAGGAGAUAUAAUCUGCAGGGUUUGACCGUAAGGGCCGUUAUAGUCAAGGAAUCAUCGUUCGUAAAUAUUAAUGAGAAUGACGAAUUAGAGGGAAUGUUCGGCAGAAUAUUAAAAGAACUUUGCGUAAGUCUUAAUUUUAGUUUAAAGGUUGUCUCGAAAGUAGACGAGUAUGAAAGAUGGAAUUCGAAUGAUAAUACUUGGUCAGGAGCAAUCGGAGAAAUAUAUGCCGGACGUGCUGACAUUUCUAUAUCAGAUUUUUCUAUGACUAGUGCAAGAUUGAAUGUCGUAGAUUUCACCUUUCCACUUGUUUCCUCGAAAAAUUGUAUUUUCAUUAAAGAACCAAACAAAUUCGCAAUCAAAUGGUCAUCCUAUUUUCAAACUUUCUCCCAUUCCGUUUGGAUUGCCAAGUUUGGAGUAUUAGUUUUUGCAACGAUAGUAUUAGUUUUUCUCAAAAUAAAAAUUGGUACGGAUCGUAACAUUGGACAGUUAUUGUCCGAUAAUUUUCUUGAGAUUUGGGGUAUAUUCUGUCAACAGGGCCUGGCAGACUUUCCAGAUAGAUCAUCGUUAAGAAUAGCAUACCUCUCUAUGUUUCUUUCGGCUGUUGUUUUAUCGGCCGCUUAUUCCGCCGCUUUGAUAAGCUUUUUAACGUCUGCUAUCCCCGUCUUACCCUUUCACUCGUUAGAGAGCUUAGUUGAAGACGGUACUUAUCAAUUUGCUGUCCUUCGUGGUACGGCUGAUUACGAUAUAGUUGCAAAUGCGAGAGAUCCACUUGCAAAGAAAUUGAUGAAAUUAAUGCCGGAAGAAAAGAAAUUGCCAUUAACUAUCAAGGAAGGGUUUGGAAGAAUUUGUGAAAAUCAAAAAAUUGCACUGUACACGUCAAUUGCAAAAAAGGAAGCUAUUAGAUUUAAAACGCCAUGCAAUGUGGUUCCUAUUAGUGCAGGACAUAUAGAAAGUUUAGCUAUUAUAUUAUCUAAGCACAAUCCGUUCACUGACGUUAUCAAUUUUCAUUUGCAGAAAUUUAUUAACAAUGGAAUGAUGGAUCGCUUAAAAGAUACGACAUUUAAAAAGAAAUUGAACUCUUUUAUGUUGAACCACGAACCAGUCCACUUAAUUAGCGUUGUAUCGCUCAUUUUCUUCAUUCUAAUCGGUAUAACAACGAGUAUUUACGUUCUAAUCAUAGAAAAGUAUAUUUUCGUUCGUAAAAGAAAGAAGAUGUCGAUUGUACAUAGUAUAUUAUUGAAAAGAUCGUCAGGAUUUUAUGCGAAAAGAAAAAAAAGUAUACAAAAUAUUGCAAAAGGCAAGAGAAGUCGUACGUAUACGCGCGUGAAUUAAUCACGACAAUAAUAAUUCUCUUUAUUAACGAAUCUUUAUAUUCUGAUUCUAAUUCUCCGAAUGGAAUACAGAAACAUUUGUAAGCAUAUCUAUGGUUUUUAGCAUAGUUUUAAAUUGUAAAUAAUAGAAUAUUUUCCAUUAACAUUAAACGUGUGGAUCUGUGUAUAUGAUAGAUUUUCUUUGAUCGAUUACACGUGUACGCAUAUUUUAAUUCUUUCGAAAUGUGUAGAUUUUUCGUAAAAACGUUUGACGAUAACUUUUCUAAGGUAGCAAUUAUUAUUUAGCGUUCUAUAAUUAUUUAAUCGUUGUUGAAUAUUUUGAUCGCGGAUCAUGUGCUGAGAAAUUCUAAAUUAGAAUAUAAUGAUUAAGUAUAUUUAUUCUAAUGGUAUAAGUAA